AUGUUCUCUAGUGCUGGGAAGCGUCUUUUGAGACCAAAAGUAUUUCUGGGUGUCUCCUCCGUUACAAUCCUUGGCGGUUCUAUAUUAUAUUUCAAUGCAAAGACUAAGAAGUCUCCCUUGGCAGAUUACACAAACUUAAGUCCUGUGAAGACAUUAGAGUCUGUGGCUGUUAAGGAUAUUUCUACUCCGACUCGUGAAAGUUUACUAAAUAAUUUAUCUUCUACUUCUCAAUUCGAUGUGCUAAUUAUUGGUGGUGGUGCUACUGGUACAGGCUGUGCCGUUGAUGCUGUUACGAGAGGAUUGAAUGUAGCAUUGGUCGAGAAAGCUGAUUUUGCCUCUGGUACGUCGUCUAAGUCGACCAAAAUGGCUCAUGGUGGUGUUCGUUACUUGGAAAAAGCUUUCUUAGAAUUCUCAAAGGAUCAAUUAGAUUUAGUCGUCGAAGCACUAAAUGAAAGAGCACAUUUGAUUAAUACUGCACCUCAUUUGUGUAAAAUUUUACCUAUCUUGAUUCCGGUUUAUACCUAUUGGCAAAUUCCUUAUUUCUAUGCAGGUUGUAAAUUUUAUGAUCUAUUUGCUGGUUCACAAAAUUUGAAAAGUUCUUAUCUUUUAUCAAAGGCAAAUGCGGCAGAAUUAGCUCCAAUGCUUGAUUCUUCAAAAUUAACUGCGGGACUAGUUUAUCAUGAUGGUUCAUUUAAUGAUUCUCGUUUAAAUUCUACUCUAGCUAUUACAGCUGUCUCCAAAGGGGCUACCAUUUUGAACUAUAUGCAAGUCCAACAAUUAAUUAAAGAUGAUAAUAAUAAUGUUAAAGGUGCUAUUGUAAAGGAUACCGAGACCAAUAAAAUUUAUGAAGUUAUGGCUAAGACUGUAGUUAAUGCAACGGGACCUUAUAGUGAUCAUAUUUUACAAAUGGAUAAUAAUAAAGAUGGUUUACCUGAUAUUGAUUCUUCAAAUUAUCACUCUGAUGAUAUUACUUCACAAAUUGCGGUUAAGAACCCUAAAAUGGUUGUUCCAUCAUCCGGGGUUCAUAUCAUUUUACCAAGUUUUUAUUGUCCAAAGAAUGUCGGCUUGUUAGAUGUGAGAACAUCAGAUGGUAGAGUCAUGUUUUUCUUACCUUGGCAAGGAAAAGUAUUGGCCGGUACCACUGACAUACCUUUGAAGCAAGUACCAGAGACCCCAACAGCAACUGAGGCAGAUAUUCAAGAUAUAUUAAAAGAGUUGCAACAUUAUAUUAAAUUCCCUGUAAAAAGAGAUGAUGUCUUAAGUGCAUGGGCUGGUAUUAGACCUCUUGUUAAAGACCCAAGAAUUCUUGAAAAUGAGGGUGGGAAGACUGAAGGUUUGGUUAGAUCACAUUUUAUUUUUACAUCACCUUCAAAUUUGAUCACUAUUGCAGGUGGAAAAUGGACAACUUAUAGAGAAAUGGCUGAAGAAACAAUUAAUGAAGUCGUCAAGAUUGGGAAUUUUAAAGAUGUCAAACCUUGUUCGACAAGAAAAUUGAAAUUAGUUGGUGCUGAGAAUUGGAAUCCAAAUUUAGAAGCUUUAUUGGCACAAAAAUACAAUUUAUCUUCAAAGAUGGCUCAACAUUUAGCUGAUAGUUAUGGUACGAGAGCUCCUUUAAUUUGUGAGUCAUUUAAACAGAAUAAUAUUAAUCAACUCCCUGUCACAUUGGCAACAAAUUUCCAAAUCCUAAGUGAGAAAGUUCCUCCAGGUAAUCCAGAUGAAGUUGAUACUAUAGCUGAUGUUCAUCUUAUCGAAAAUAAUGAAAUUAACCUGUUUGAUUCCUUCCGUUACCCAUUUACCAUUGGAGAAUUGAAAUAUUCUAUUCAACAUGAAUAUACUAGAACAGCUUUAGAUUUCUUAUUGAGAAGAACAAGAUUUGCAUUCCUUGAUGCAAGGCAAGCAUUAAAUGCGGUAGAUGGUACCGUUAAGAUUAUGGGAGAUGAGCUUAACUGGGAUAAUAAAAGAAGAGCCAAAGAAAUAGAGAAUACUAAACGUUACAUAAAGACUUUUGGUGUUUGA